GGUCCUCUCAGAAAACACUGAAACUAUUGCUCUCCAAGUUCUUAGUCUGUUUUACCCAUUGAGUGACACCAACAACACAUAUCACCCUUCAUUUCACAGAAUCUAUACCAUUUCUGCCUUCUAUUCUCCUCUUUCACUUUGAAUCACAAAGAUUUACUCUUUUUUUCCAUUCAAGAAGUUUCAACGAAACUCUCCUCAACAAAAACACUACAAAGAAUCACACCCCAUGAUGUUAAAAGCUCUUCUUUUCUCUUUAUUCUUCUCACUCUCUACCAUUUCUACUCCCUUCCAUUUUUAAUAUUUACUUUCCUUUUCUUUCUUUUAUCUUUCUCUUUUUCCUCUCAAAACCUCACCUUUUCGUCUCUUUUUGGAAGAUUUUUCUUCAUAAAAAGCCUUUGGAGUACCCAUCCUAAAGCUCUAACCUUCUUCUACACGAUUCACUUUAAAUUCCAAAACCGGACCUAUUUGUUCCUUAUAAAAAAACACUGUUUUCUUUCUCAUAACAAUAAACACAAUGGAACAGAACAAUAACAAGAGUAUCCUAUGCAAAUACACAGAGCAUCAGACUGUCACAAAAAAACUCAUCAAAACAACAAAAACAGUUAACAACAAAACUGUAGAACCCAGAGUUGUACGAAUAUCCGUUACCGACCCAGACGCAACCGACUCAUCCAGCGACGAAGAAGGAGAACAAACUUUCUUCCGAAACAGAACCAAACGCUAUAUCAACCGUAUCGAAAUCGAAACCACCGUCAAACCCGCCGUCAACAGAAAAAGACCCGCCGGAGAAACAUCCACCGUCAAACGACCUGCCAAAGUUCCUGCUAUCACCACCGGGAAAAAAUUCCGCGGUGUUCGGCAGAGACCAUGGGGUAAAUGGGCGGCUGAGAUUCGAGAUCCUGCUCGGAGGGUUCGUCUUUGGUUAGGAACCUUCGAAACCGCAGAAGAAGCUGCAAUGGUUUACGACAAUGCCGCGAUUAAGCUUCGUGGACCAGACGCUUUAACAAAUUUCAUAACUCCGCCGCAGAAGGAAACCUCCCCCGUGAAACCCGUCAUGAAGGUCGUCGUCGACGGUGAAACUGAAACCGAAGCUGAACCUCAAGCUUCUAGAUAUUGUUACGACUCCGGCGAAUGUAUUCCGGUUUCAUCUCCAACUUCGGUUCUUAAUUUCCGGAGUAGUAACUGUAACUCCGGCGAGUCACAAGAAUCAGAAGAAACAAGUGAAGUUUCAGAAGUUUUCAGAGAGUGUGAAGGUGAAACUAAUUUGUUCGAUGAAACGGCGCAGUUUUAUCAAAUGGAUAUGCCUACUUGGGAUGAUGUGUUUAAUUUCCAAACUCCAGAGUUUUCUUUGAUGUUUGAAGAAGAAAACUGUAAAAUGUUUGGGGAGAAUACUACGCCGUUUUUGUGUGGUGAUGAUUUAAACGACAGCAUUGUUCUUGCUGACUCACUCAUUGAUUUUGACAAAGCAUGUUUUCCUUCUUCACCUUCUCCUUCAUCAUCUUUCUGCCAAGUGGAGGAUGAUUUCUUUCAAGAUAUUUUGUUAUCUUCAGAUCCUCUAGUUUUGCUUUGACAAGUCUUAUUUUUGUUAUGGUGAAAUUAUUACCAAAAAAACAAAAUAAAAUGGUUAAUUAAAAAAAAAAAGUUAAAAUCAAUACCAGCUUAUUUAAGUAUUAUUGUUUAUUUGUUUUGAUACACUCUGUUUACAAAAUGCUAACGGAGGAAUGUAUGGUUGAGUGAAGUUUUGUUUAAGAUUCUACUUGUAACAGUGUUUUUUUUGCUUAAUAAUUAGAAUGGUUGAGAGAUGUACUAAUGUAUAUUGUUCAGAAGUUUUAUUCGAGCUUAUUGCAAUUUUGUAUUAUAUUCUCUUUUUGUCAA